UCUGACGGGUUCAGCCGAACAUUGCCGAAGUGAGCCGGAGCCCCUCGCACCUCUGAUCGGGCUCCUCUCGGUGUCACAGCGGCUCUCUGUCUGGAGGACUGUGCGUUUCCCGGGGCUGGAGUCACACGCACUUUACCCGCUGUCUCACGGACGUGUGUUAUGUCAGCAGGCGGACACCAGGACUCACGCAGCGGCUGCAACAGAGCGACGUAGCAUCCCCACAUCUCCAGGCGGCGGAGGGUUCGCUGUGCUCGGCUCCGACAGCAGCAGCAACCCGGUGUCCUUUGUUGUGUCGGCGGCGGCGGCAGCAGCUGGUGUUGCUCGGAGACGACGACAUGUCUGCGGGACAGAAAUGUGUCUUCGUGUGAGGGACGGAGCCUCCUGACGUCGAGGCGCGGAGGAGAUACGGUGACUGCGGAGAAAGUAGCCUCGAGUCUCCGCUGUGCCUCCUCCUGCAAUGUUUGGAUAACGGCGGCACCUCGUCACACAUUUAACGACGUUUGAGACGACCUCCCUACGUCUCUCCCCUUCUACGAGGGAACAAACCACUACGACAGCACCGACCUCACCCCUCCGACCUCUGCCUGUAACUCUCCCGAUGAUGACGUCCCCGGACUCUCCCCCUCUCGUCUCUCCUUCCCCAUGCCCCGCUCCGCCUCCGUCUGUCCCCUCCUCUCCUGUGCCCUCAUCCCCAGCCCCGUCCUCCUCCUCCCUGCCCGCCCCACCUUCGCUGCCUCCCACAGGAGAGGUGAUGGUGCUGGCGCUGGGCAGGAAGAAGCAGAGGGUGCUGAUUGCUCUCACCAUCCUCCCCAACCUCUUCCUGGCCUUCCUGCUCUCCUCUGACCCACUCAUCACACUCUCCCCGCCCCACCACUGCCACCUGCCAGGGCCCCUGCCGUCUUUGGAGGUGCUGAAUGCCUCGCUGCCGUGGGAGAAGGCGGAAAGGCCUCGGGACAGCAGGGGCCCAUCCCAGUGUAAGCAGUACGCCAACGGCAGCCAGUCAGCAGUGGUGGACUGUGAGGCCGGCUGGGACUACAACGUCACAGAGGGGCUGAGGAACAACAUUGUUACCGAGUGGGAUCUGGUGUGUGGUCAGUACUGGCUGGUCCCUGUGGAGGAGGUGUGUUUCAUCCUUGGCGUCCUCACUGGCUGUCUGGGUCUGGGCUAUGCUGCAGACAGGCUGGGCCGGUCCAAGACUCUGCUGACCUCCCUGACCCUGUCGGUGGUGUUUGGGGUCCUGGUGUGUGUCUCUCCGUACCCCUCCAUCUUCAUUGUUAUGCGUUUCUGUCUGGCGGCUGCUAGUGCGGGAGUCUACCUCACUCUGUACAUCACCCGUCUGGAGCUGUGUGAGCCCUCUCUGAGGCUGGUGGUGACGAUGCUGGCCGGGCUGAUGACUGUAGCCGGAGAGCUGCUGCUGCUGGCCGUGGCACUGGGCUGCCAGUCCUGGAGAGGCCUGCUGGGAGCUGGGGCCGCACCGCUGACACUGUUCCUCAGCUAUGGAAUUCCUGGAGUGUUUCCAGAAUCCCCUCGCUGGCUCCUUCUGUCAGAGCGAUCUGCAGACAUGAACUCGUUCAGCGACAGACGAAACUCCAACAGAGACGUGAGGGAUGACGAGAGCUUCACAGAGCUGGAUUCAGAGCCAUCCUCCUCCUGCCGUCCCCACCUGUCCUUCCCCGAGCUCUUCCACAGCAGGAACAUCUGGAAAAACUUGUGUGUGCUCGGGUUCACCUCCUUCAUCUCUCACGGCAUUAGUCACUGCUACAGCUCAUUCAGAGGUGACGUCAGAGGCACCGCCCCCAGUUUCUAUUGGAUGUACCUGUUGUCAGUGUGCGCAGGCGGUGGCGCCUGGCUCUUGCUCUGGGCAACUGUGGACAGGUGUGGUCGCCGAGGUAUCCUGCUCCUCUCCAUGACGAUGACAGGGCUUGCCUCUUUGAUCCUCCUCGGACUCAUGGAGUACCUCAGUGAGACGGCCAUCACAGUUUUCUCAGUGUUGGGUCUGUUCUCCUCUCAGGCCACCGCCUCACUCUGCAUCCUCUUUACUGCAGAGAUCAUGCCCACCGUUAUAAGGGGCAGUGGCGUUGGCACCGUACUCGCUCUGGGCUGCGUGGGCCGCCUCAGCUCCCCACUCAUGGACCUGAGGAACCACUACGGCUACUUCCUGCACCACGUAGUCUACUCGUCUCUGGCGCUGCUGGCCGUGCUGUCCAUCCUGCUGCUGCCCGAGAGCAAGAGGAAGCCGCUGCCACAGACACUGGCUGACGGAGAGCAGUACAGACGCCCCCCGCUAGGCAGGAGGAGGAGGGACAACGUGCCGCUGCUGGCGACGCCCAACCCAGAGACUUAAAAGACCCAGAGACAAGAGGCAUGGACUGUGUAGUGUUGCAGCCAGGACAUUUACAUUCGGCAUGUUCCUGCCAAGGAGAAAAAGGACAGAGCGGUGCAGAGACUUGGGAUGGAUGGAGACAGAACGAGGUCAAAGCUUCCUGACGUAUAGUCCUCUUGUCGCACUCGACACAGACUGAUGGUUCAGCUGCCAAUAUUCUACAUCUUCAUUUUUCUGUUUCUUGUCAUUUAGAUGUUUGAAUGUGUUUGAACACACUCCCACACAUCAUCUUUUCUACAUCUCCCAACAACAGACCCCACACAGCAAGAUGUUAGCUGCUUAUUACCAUCCAGACACGACGAGGCUCGGGUGUUAGCCUCAAAUUAUUCUUAGCGUUUGUCUAAACCUGUGUACACUGUUUUUUUGUCAUGUCAGAAAUGUACGAAAAUUACACAAAGGUUGAUUUUCUGUACUUCUGUUUAGCUGACACUCCAAACAGAGUAGGACUCUGUUCUCUGACGUCUGUUGUAACACUUUAGUGGCUGUGGGUGAUACAUGCCGUGUAAAUACUCUAGACCUAGUUUCUUUAACUUUAGCUUGAGUUUUGGAAACUGUAUGCACAGUAUGCUAUGCAGUGGAGAAGCAGCGCAGAGGAGUUGAAUCAUUAUUUUAUAAGAUAAUGGUUAAUUAGUCUUCAAAUUUAAGGAACAGUUUUAUGAGCAUAAAUGAGCCAUUAUCAAUCUGGGGAUCAAAGGCAAAUAAACAGAACAAAAAGGCCUUAAAUCAGAAUAUUCAUGUUUAAACCACCAAAUCUGGCCUGGAGCCAGCUAUAUUUAUAACUUUUGUUGUUAAUAGGCAUAAUUAAUAAAUUAUCCAGAAGCUGGAGGCUUUUGGUUCUAAGUUAAAAACUAUUAUAUUGUCAUGGAGGAAAAGUAAACUUUUCUCUGGUCCACUGACUGUCACAACAUUCCUAUCUGCAUGUUUGGAGAAUCUUGAAGGGCUUGUUUCCUUGAUCUGUUUUACUUCUGUACUUCUCUAGAUGGCCAGUCUCAGCUGUAAGAGAAUAGACGGGUACAAACAAACUACAUUAGAAAUUGUAAAGUGUCUUGUGUGUAACCAGACACGUUUUUUUGUCAGGACAUAGAGGUCGUCUUGUUAUUUGAACUGAAUGUUUUAUCAAUGCUGGAGAAAGGGCCCGAUGAUGACGCUCCGUGAGGUCUGAGUGGGAGCGGGUGAGGGCCCCCGCAGCUCCAAAUAAACCCACCCCUCUACUCCUCCUCGGCCACACAUCGAAGAUGGCUGUUCUUUAUGUUGAGUGUGAAAUCUUGACAGAGAAAUACCAAAGCACGUCAGUGUGAUGAUGUGCUCGGGUAAUUCUGAAGUUGGGUGAGUGGCAGUAGGAGACCGAGGUGGGGGGGGUUUGUUUGAGGAGCUAUUGAAGGACACUAAACCUCUGCUGGCGCCCUCCUCUGUCAGCCUUUGGUAGUUUUUUUUAAAUGUCCUCUGUAUGUUGCACUCAACGAGUCCAAACACUUAUACACUAAAUAUUGUUAACUUGGCUCGAGUAAUAUUAUUAUACCUGACCUAUAACACUGAUGAUCUGUUCAAUGAUGAGUGUGAUGUUGUAAACUCUAUAGCCUGAUUUCAUGUAAAAUUAAACUUGUUAC